CCGGAAACAGUCGGGCAUACAAACAAGCACAAAUGGCUGCUAACGUGAACCGCGCUGUAGUGGGCGAUGAUAAAAGGAAGAAAAAGAAGCUUCGAGGCCGGCGAUAUUGCUGCGUUUAUAAAUGUCAUAACCAAGAAGGCUUUGACAGCAUCGUGUCCUUUUAUACAUUCCCUUCACGACCGGACGAAAAAGAGCGGCGGCAGCGUUGGAUACAGGCUGUUCGGCGCGCUGGGCCUGACGGAGAAUCUUGGCAACCAAAUUCAAACACCAGAAUUUGCAGCCGGCACUUCUCAGGGAAUGCAAGGAGCAAUAUCAUGCACCACCCUGCAUACGUGCCGACUAUUUUUCCGUCAGCAUACCGCCGCACGGUUCCUUGCGACCCUUCGGCCCCGACAGAGCGUUUUCAGCGAUGGCAAAAGAGACCACGGGACCAAACAAAGUCGCCCUCAGAAGAAAAGGUCAAGGACACCACUACUUCGACUGGAGCCUCUCAUCAGCUGCAACUAUGCCCUGACCUGACAGAUGAGAGUAUUAGCUUGGAGCUGGUUGAGUCCACUGAUGAUCAGCAAGGUGAAUUGUUGCAUCCUACUGUGGAAGAAGAGUGCCAGCACGAAGAUGCAGCCACAUCGGACACCACUACUUCGACUGGAGCCUCUCAUCAGCUGCAACUAUGCCCUGACCUGACAGAUGAGAGUAUUAGCUUGGAGCUGGUUGAGUCCACUGAUGAUCAGCAAGGUGAAUUUUUGCAUCCUACUGUGGAAGAAGAGUGCCAGCACGAAGAUGCAGCCACAUCGGACACCACUAGUUCGACUGGAGCCUUUUAUCAGCUGCAACUAUGCCCUGACCUGACAGAUGAGAGUAUUAGCUUGGAGCUGGUUGAGUCCACUGAUGAUCAGCAAGGUGAAUUGUUGCAUCCUACUGUGGAAGAAGAGUGCCAGCACGAAGAUGCAGCCACAUCGGACACCACUACUUCGACUGGAGCCUCUCAUCAGCUGCAACUAUGCCCUGACCUGACAGAUGAGAGUAUUAGCUUGGAGCUGGUUGAGUCCACUGAUGAUCAGCAAGGUGAAUUGUUGCAUCCUACUGUGGAAGAAGAGUGCCAGCACGAAGAUGCAGCCACAUCGGACACCACUACUUCGACUGGAGCCUCUCAUCAGCUGCAACUAUGCCCUGACCUGACAGAUGAGAGUAUUAGCUUGGAGCUGGUUGAGUCCACUGAUGAUCAGCAAGGUGAAUUGUUGCAUCCUACUGUGGAAGAAGAGUGCCAGCACGAAGAUGCAGCCACAUCGGACACCACUAGUUCGACUGGAGCCUCUCAUCAGCUGCAACUAUGCCCUGACCUGACAGAUGAGAGUAUUAGCUUGGAGCUGGUUGAGUCCACUGAUGAUCAGCAAGGUGAAUUGUUGCAUCCUACUGUGGAAGAAGAGUGCCAGCACGAAGAUGCAGCCACAUCGGACACCACUAGUUCGACUGGAGCCUCUCAUCAGCUGCAACUAUGCCCUGACCUGACAGAUGAGAGUAUUAGCUUGGAGCUGGUUGAGUCCACUGAUGAUCAGCAAGGUGAAUUGUUGCAUGCUACUGUGGAAGAAGGGUGCCAGCACGAAGAUGCAGCCACAUCGGACACCACUAGUUCGACUGGAGCCUCUCAUCAGCUGCAACUAUGCCCUGACCUGACAGAUGAGAGUAUUAGCUUGGAGCUGGUUGAGUCCACUGAUGAUCAGCAAGGUGAAUUGUUGCAUGCUACUGUGGAAGAAGGGUGCCAGCACGAAGAUGCAGCCACAUCGGACACCACUAGUUCGACUGGAGCCUCUCAUCAGCUGCAACUAUGCCCUGACCUGACAGAUGAGAGUAUUAGCUUGGAGCUGGUUGAGUCCACUGAUGAUCAGCAAGGUGAAUUGUUGCAUCCUACUGUGGAAGAAGAGUGCCAGCACGAAGAUGCAGCCACAUCGGACACCACUAGUUCGACUGGAGCCUCUCAUCAGCUGCAACUAUGCCCUGACCUGACAGAUGAGAGUAUUAGCUUGGAGCUGGUUGAGUCCACUGAUGAUCAGCAAGGUGAAUUGUUGCAUCCUACUGUGGAAGAAGAGUGCCAGCACGAAGAUGCAGCCACAUCGUGUUCUACCACAUCAGCGGAGAGACUUCCAUCUCUGCUACACCAUGCUGUGGGGCCAAGUGCUAGAGUGUGUUUUUCGGGGGCCUUCGACACAGUGUCUUUGACACCUGGGGCAGUGAGGGACCUUGGUGGAGUUUGCGACAAUGUUUUCGCAAUGCUGUUAGGUCUGCUGCGUGAAGUGAGGGAUAAGACAACUGAUGUAAGCCUUCCCAACAAAGUUUUAAUAUUUCUACUCAAGAUGAAACAUGGUUUGCCCUUCAGUGCCAUUGCAGUACUUUUUGGCAUUCAUGACACAACAGUGUCACGAAUUUUUCAUGCUGUUUUGGGCACACUGGCAACUGCAACGUGAAAGUGGAUUUACAAGCCACAGAUGCACGUUAUUAAGGACACACGUCCAGAGUGCUUUAAAUUAAAUUAUCCAGAGUGCACAGUCAUCGUCGACUGUACCGAAGUGCGCACAUAAACGCCAUUAGAAGUCAGACAACAACAUGUUCUGUUCUCCACGUACAAAAAUGGCUUCACCUUGAAAUUUUUGGUAGCAAUCGCCCCCUCUGGCUUUAUUGUGUUCAAGUCUAAAUCCUAUCGUGGACGUUGCUCAGACACACAAAUUGUGCUGGAGUCGGGAUUCCUCGACAUAAUUUGUCAGAAUGAUGUUAUUCUUGCUGACAAAGGUUUCCCAGGAAUACUGGCAGGUGUGGUAGGCAAAAGUGCUGCACUGAUCAUGCCCCCUUUCUCUACAGGCAGUCGGCCUUUCACACCUCAGGAACUGAAACAAACGUACAAUGUUGCACAAGUACGUAUCCAUGUGGAGAGAGUUAUACAGCGCAUAAAAAUACAUGGAAUUUUCGUAAACCGUGUUCCUAUCAGUUUGAUUCCUGCCAUGAGUGGCAUUUUCCAUAUGUGCUGUGUUUUGGCAAAUCUGCAAAGUUCAAUAAUUCAAGGUGGUGGAAAGUAAGUGGCUUCAUUUUCAGUGACAUUCAUGAACACAAGCAGCAAGCAGAAAUUUUUGCUAAACUGCACUGUUGAGUCUUGCCAAUGGGUUUUACUUUUAUCUUUGGUUCUUGCUUGGCUGAUGUCGCAGUAAUCUCACUGUGUGGUUUGUAUAUACUCUAGAAUGUAUUCACAUCGAAGUCUUCAUGCUGGAUUAUGCUCUCAGUGCUAUUAAACUUAACUAUUCUUUGUAUAUAGGUUUAAGCUUUUCUUGUUCUUUGCAUUUGUGUGCAGUGUUUAUCAUUUUUACUUUUACCUAGCGUGGCUUCCUAAGAAACGUGUUUUUUGUAUCCAGCUCUAACACUGUGUGGGUGCAAGUAUAAUGAAAUUCACAACAGUGACCCUUAACAAAACAUAAUAAAACGUUUAUUCUAUGAA